GAAAGAAUAGAGAGAGAUGUGGAAUGAGGAACGGACACAUAUGAGCUCCGAUGAGGAUAUAAGCCAUCGUCAUGGCCCUAAAGGCCCUAGAUCCUUCAGAUUGCACAGAUUACCUGUACCGAGAGCUGGGCAAGUUCUGGGCCUCGUGGGAGCUAAUGGCACUGGAAAAUCUACUGCACUCAAACUUUUGACUGGAAAGUUGAAACCUAACUUGGGACGCUAUUAUGAUCCUCCUGAUUGGCAAGAAAUUUUGGCUUAUUUUAAAGGAUCUGAGCUGCAAAAUUACUUCAUCCGUAUUCUUGUAGAUAAUUUGAAGGCAAUCAUGAAGCACCAGUGGCUGAAUUGCAUCCCUAAGGUUGAUCAAUGCAACGUUGGGAAAUAUCUUAGUGAGGCAGAUGAGAGAGAUAUGAAACAAGAAAUUGUUGGUGAGCUUGAUUUGAUUCAGGUUAUGGACCGUAAUGUGGAACAUUUAUCUUAUGGAGAGCAUCAGAGGUUUGCAAUAGCUCUUUUUGCUGUACGGAAUGCAGAUAUCUAUAUAUUUGAUGAGCCAUCAAAUUAUCUUGAUGUUAAACAAAGAUUAAAAGCUGCCCAAGUUAUCAGAUCCUUGCUUCAACCUAAUAACUAUGUGAUUGUGGCAGAUCAUGAUCUUAGUGUGCUUGAUUAUUUGUCGGACUCCAUAUGCUGCCUUUAUGGGAAACCUGGUAAAUAUGGGGUUGUUACUCUUCCAUUCUCUGUCAGAGAAGGAAUUGAUAUUUUCCUGGCUGGAUUCGUGCCAACCCAAAAUUUUAGGUUUAGAGAUGAAUCUCUUACAUUUAAGGUACUUAAAUCUUGUACUCCUAAAGAAAAUGCUGAACAAACUGAAACAACAUGUGCAAGACACAAGUAUCCAACCAUGACUAAGACUCAGGGAAACUUCAGGCUCAAGGUUGUGGAGGGUGAAUUCACUGAUUCACAAAUUAUUGUGAUACUUGGAGAAAAUGGGACAGGAAAGUCAACCUUCCUACAGAUGCUGGCUGGCGUUUUGAAGCCUGAUGUGGAAAUUCCUAUUCCUGAGUUCAAAGUCUCUUACAAGCCACAGAGAUUCAGUACUAGUUCUGAGUGUAGCGUGAGAAGCAUGUUGCGUUCAAACAUUCGUGAUGCAUACACGGAUCCUCAGUUUGUAUCGGAUGUGAUGAAGCCUCUGCUAAUUACAAAAUUGAUGGAUACAAAGGUUUUGUAUCUUCAUGAGGAAGAAUUAGAGAGACUUGCCCUCACUCUUUGUCUUGGAAAACCAGCUGAUGUAUAUUUGAUAGAUGAGCCAAGUGCGUUUCUUGACCCAGAGCAGCGUAUCGUUGCUUCGAAUGUCAUUAAGAAAUUCAUACGACAAGCGAAGAAGAGUGCGUUUGUUGUGGAGCAUGAUUUCACCAUGGCAACAUACCUUGCUGACAGGGUGAUUGUGUACGAGGGAAAGCCAUCCAUUGAUUGUGUAGCCAAUUCACCUCAAUCACUAUUAACUGGAAUGAACCUCUUCUUAUCUCGCUUGGAUAUCACAUGCACAAGGGACCCCGCAAACUUCCGGCCAAGAAUCAACAAACUGGAGUCGACCGGGGACCAAGAGCAGAAGGCCACUGGGUCUCACUAUUAUAUUGCUGACUAA